AUGAAUCAUCCAAAAUCACCAUUGAGCGGUAAUAGAAUGUCAAACGCUUACAAUCCGUAUGCAAAACCGAACGUUAAAAUCAAUCAGCCACAAUUCAAUCCUCAACCACACUUAUUUUGGUUGUGUAGUUGCGGCUACUGGAGCACACAUAGCUACAGAUUCUGCUGCAAUGAAAAGUGUGGCUUCUCUCGUGAAGCCAUAGAGAAAGGCCACUCUAGGUUCUAG